AUGUACAAGAAGAAGACCGACUUUCCGAAGCUUCGUGGAAAAGCGGCGGAGAUCAAGGACAUGGCAGCAGCCGUGCGGGCAAUGUGGGGUCAUUUUGGUGUUCCUGGUCAGGACUUCCAAGAGAUUGGGUUACUCUUGGAUUUGACAUGCAAGUUCGAGGAGAUACUGGAGGAAUGGCCCAUUGCAGACGGCUAUUUCUGCCUUCCUGCCGAAGCUGCAGACAGACUGAAGACGAACUUUCGGGACUUCGCAUGUUUGUAUGUCAUGGUCGGGGAUCGCUUUCGCAGCGAAGAUCGUCGGGCCUUCAAUCCUACGGAAAAGAAAGACAAUGCUUUGUUCUUGUCGCGAGCGAGAGCUGCUUGGAGGUCUGCUAGGACGUUGCUACUUCGUGCCGAACACAAGAAGCAGGCGGGGGAGGCUGUUGAGGAGUUGGAGUGCGCUCUUGAACCUUCCACACAAGAGACGCUUCUGCAGCAGUUCCACGCAACGUACAAGAUUGAGAUCGAUGUUCAUUACAUGCCUUGCGACCCUCUUUUGGGACGGCUGUAUCGUGAGUUCCAGCGGCUUACGCCUACGGUCAUCAGUGUCUUCAAGAUCAAGUCUCUGUACUGGGCGGCCAAGCCUCAUCAGGAUCGGACCAUUGUGCUGGGUGACCAGGUGAAGCUGCAGCUUGAUCGAGAUGAGGCCGUGCCGGUGAGAUCCGUGAUGGAAUAUUAUCGAGGCCUCCGCAUACUGGCCAACGGCUAUGCCAUUGUGGGGCAGCACCGUGCCCCAUCCAAGCAGAUGCCGGGAACCGAGGUGGUUUUCGCGCCGCUUUCUGAUAACCUUCGCUAUGCAGAUUCGGUUCUCCGCAUUGCGAGCUCUUGUGAUCUUCCUGCAGGGUCACUUCUGGAAUGGGUUCGUGCACGUGACGAGCAGACUCGUGCCAGGAUGAUCGAGCUUAUCCGUACCGGCUGGGCGCAAGGUGAGGCCUUGUGUAAGUCGUGGUCUGAGCAUGAGCUGACUUGGAUGUCGGCCUCGACUGGGACAUCGAAGCGUCCUCUGCACGAGGAUGUUCCUGGUGCGCGGGGUUCCCCUGAUCGCAAGAAGAUCAAGACCGCCAAGUUAGAGCUUUGCAAACGGUGGAACGAUAACCGGGGUUGCGACGGUGUCACUGACACGACUCUGACAAGGCAGGCGUUGGUUCGGCAGCUCAACCUUUGGAUGCAACAAUGUGGUGGUCUCUUGAUUGAGUGCAAGGAUGGAGACAGGUUACAUGCAGCUGACUCAUGGACAGGGGAUAAAUGGGGCAUCACAUGUUACUCCAACCAGGACCUUGGCCUGCGUACGGAGUCUCAGCGGCAGAAGCUGUUGGACUUAGGGUUCCCGCUCCCCGCUUUGGCCCCUCGCAUGGUGAAAACGGCGGCCCCAGAGAACCGUGUGGUGCAUUUUGAUGCGUCGAGUGUGGACGAGCCUUGGCAGGUGAGCGUGGUCCCGGACCGAUGGGUCGCGUAUCGAGGCACUUCCCCUCUGCCUCAGCUGAACUGGGCACUGCCGUGGAAGGCCCUUUGCUGGAGCUUUGCCAACAUUGUGCACAUGGGCGACGUUAGAAACUUUCGUCCUGAUGUCGUUGCCGAGGCUGUUCGGCAGAAUCGAUACUCGGCCAUUCUUGUUGCAGGACUCAGCUUUUCCAUUGUGUGCCGGACAUUGCUCGGGCAUGUGAGCGUGUGGUGCAAGAGCUGGGUAAAAGCACUCCUGUGCUGUCCCUUCUUGAGAAUGUCUGUCGCACUCCGCCUGAUUUUCAGCAAGCCGGUGACGAUCUCAGCGGGCUCUUUCGGGUGGACUGCUAGGCUUAGGAAUUUUUGGGGAUGCUGUAACGGUCGCUCCUUAGAUUCCCUCCCAGAGCUUCAUCCGCCCAAAGGCAUCAAGGCUGUUGCUACGGAAAGAGGUUGGUCUCUCAGGUGGCAGGACAAAAAGCCGUGGCCACCACACGUGGCUUUCUCUGACCGCUUCAAGCCACAGUUUGAUGCCACUCAAGUUGCGCGCAGUGCUGAGGACCUGCCCUGUUUUCCAGUUUUCACUCGCGUCUUUCAGCGCCCGCCUGAUCGAGGAGACAAACACGAUGUUGAUGCUGCCCAGCGCUUCUUGGAGGACGGGUCAAGGCUGCCGCUCUUCAAUUACCGUGCUGAUGCAUUGCUGUGGAGAGCGGAGUCCGACUCAGCACAGGGAGGCAAGCUUUGGCGAGUUCCUUCCUCGUCUGAAAGAAUGCCGCAUGUCUCUGGUGGGAAAUGCUUUCCAUGUGCCAUCCUGCAUGCUUGCACUUUGCAUUUUGUUUUCGCUUUUGCCCCAAUGCUCCUCUGUGCCUCCGGCGACAUACAUUGGUCGCGAAAGGCAGAAAGGCACGUCAGGACGGCAGCAGCCGGUACAGUUUGGCAGCCCGGUGUCGUGGAAUCGUUUCCGGGGGUCCUGAUUUGGGGUGACCUUGCUCCUUUGCUCCAGGCCAGCCUGCGACCGGCGGGAGUAGAGCUCCCUCCUUUGACCGCGUCUGCUGAUGUUAAUCGCGCCUUGGCCAGGCUCCAGAUCUACUGGGUCGACACGCAAUUGCGAAACCUCGGUGCAGGCAGCCAAGGCCCUGAGUGGUUGCAGCAGCGAAGUGUGGGCAAUAGCAAGCGCUCUUUGGGAUCCCAAGCUGGGGGACCCAACUCGAAAGGGGCGGUGGCUCCUUUCUUGCCGCCAGGUUUGGGCAAAGAUUGUCAUAUGCAAUUUUCUGUGUGUCUGCCCAACCCGUUUGACACUCAGGCUUUGUUGGAUGAUGACGCGAUGUUUGCCUGCAGGGCCAUGGCCGCCUUGGGACCUUGCAUCCGCUCCUGGCGCCAAAUCCAGGCGAGAGCCCUGAGGCUCAUCAGCCGCUUCUUGCAGCCCUGGGAGCACUUGUUGCAAAGAGCCAUGCCCAAGAUGUACACGAUGUGGCCGGAUUGCACGGUUGGUUUGAGGUUCGUUACGGGUUUUCGGUUGCUAGGCGCGAUUGAAUCCCCCGGGAUCUUUCGUGAUCUUGAGCCCACCGAAGUUGGCAGCAUUGGCCUCCCGGCACUGUUGGGCCCUCACGCUGUGGACAUUGUCAAUCGUCUUGAAGCCUCUUUGCCCCGUAUGCCAUAUGCGGAGGAGGCCAAAGCCUUCACGGCUGACGAGAUCAAGCAAGGCAUUGCUGAGGGUCCUUUCUCUCGACAGGAGCUCGACCGCCGCUGGGGACCGGGAGGCUGGAUUCCGAUGCGCCGUUUCAUGCUGGUUCAAGCAAACAAGUUGCGUGCCAUUGAUGAUGGGAAGUACAGUGGGCACAAUAAAGCAGUCUUCGCUGAGGAAACCAUUUUCACCUCAUCGCCUGAUUUUGUGGCCGCUGCCUGCAAGGCGUGUAUGAGACUGCUGUUGGCCGAAUCGGGUGAGCUGCCCUCCUGGGCUGAGCCCCACUUCGGCGCCGACGAUAUGGCCUCUGCGUAUCGCCAACUGCCUAACCUGCCCGAGGAGGCUGCCGCCCUCUUCGUGGCACACUUCGAUGCUCAUCCCUAUGGCAUGGCAGCUGCGGUGCUGAACUUCAAUCGGGUUCCUGCUCUGAUGACUGCUGCUGGUAGGCGGAUGGUUGGUGUUUGCGCAACCAAUUAUUUUGAUGACUCUGGGGUCCUUGAUUUUGUUUGCGCUCGCGGCUCCGGGCAAUCGGCUCUUCUGCUCCUCUACGAUUGCGCUGGUCUCGUGCUGGACCCGGCAAAGCAGAGUCCUAUGGCAUCCCAACGUCCUUUCUUGGGAGUUCUUUUGGACCUCUGCGACUUUGCUUAUGGUUCAUGCAUACAGGUCAACCUGAAGCCAGGCCUCCGUGAAACCUUGAGUGAGGAGAUCGAUGAGAUCCUGCAGAAGGGCCUGUUAACCCCGGGAGAAGCUGCAAAACUCCGAGGCAAGUUCACGUGGGCAGCCUCGGCCAUGUUUGGCCGCUGCGGGCGAGGAGGCCAGCAUGCUCUGAUUCAGCGGCAGUACCACGAUGACUCUUAUGAGAUUGGCCCCGAGCUCCGUGCGGCUCUGGAGUUCUUACAAGCCUUGGUGCAGACGGUUCAGCCCAGAAAUAUCUGUUUGAACUUGUCGACUCCGGCUCCAAUCAUUAUUUAUACAGAUGCCAGCUGGGAGCCUAAAGACAUGGACAGGCCAGGUUUGGGCUUCGUUUUCUGCCACCCUGAUCGGGACACCACGCUGGCAGGAGCUACGACUGUCACCGACGACGUUCUUGCCCUCUUCGAGGAUCGUCAAACGCAGAUCUUUCCGCUGGAGGCUCUUGCAAUCCUCCAGUGUUUCGUGAUCUUCGCAAGGGCUGGUUUGUCCAACCGUGACAUCCUGUUGUUUUGCGACAACCAGUCAGUUUGUGCGUCGGUUGCCAAGGGAGCGUGCUCUGUGGGAGAUGUUGCACAGAUCAUUACCUUGUGCCACUUGCUGUGGGCACGACUGAACAUCCGGCUUUGGAUUGAGUACGUGCCGAGCGCUGAUAAUCCUUCUGAUGGACUCAGCAGGAACGGCUUGCGUGAUGAUUGGACAGCCCAGCAGGGCUGGGAUAUGGCGAACUACGAUUGCCUACCCUGGCCUGUUGUGGCAGGUCUUCCGCUGUUGCAGGCUCCGGACUACCUUUUGCAGCAUUGGAGAGAUACCUUGGAAAUACGGCCGUGA